UUUACGGCAGCCGUAAGAUGUUUCCGUUGCUUUGAACGCCGAUCCGGAACAGCAAAGUGACGAUAACAGAAACACUGAAAUCCACUAAACGUUGUCAACACGGCCUGGAAAGCAUUGUUUAUACAUCAGUUACUCCCCGUACACAUACAAGCCGUGUCCUCUGUUGCACUUCUGUAUUCGGAGGUUAAUUUUUUGGGGCUUUUUACAUGUGUCGUUAGCCUGUCAAAGCAAUGGCCUCCGAUAGCAACAUGGACAGAGAAAUGAUCCUGGCCGAUUUUCAGGCGUGUACUGGUAUUGACAAUAUUGCAGAAGCAAUCACACUUCUAGAACUGAACAACUGGGACUUGGUGGCAGCCAUCAAUGGAGUGAUACCACAAGAAAAUGGCAUCUUGCAAAGUAACUUCUCCAGCGAAGCGUCUCAGACCGGCCCCUUCGGGCCUCACAGCGAACCAGAAGCCACAGCACCUACACCUUCAGCCCCACCUUCUUCAGCGUCAUCAUCUUCCUCGCCCCCAUCCUCCUCCAGCCCUGCCUUCUGCCCCGUUCUGCCAUCUCGGCAAAUUGUGGAGCGGCAGCCGCGAAUGCUCAACUUCCAAGUGGAGUACAGGCAGCGCACCGUAGAGGUGGUGCUGGAGGAAGCAAGCACAGUGGGUGAUAUUAAAACAUUUUUAGAGACUGAGCUACAGGUGCCCGUGUCUAAAAUGCAGUUGAAAGGCUGGAAGAUUGGAGAUGUCUCUGACAGUACGGUUCUUAAGAGUUUACAUUUACCCAAGAACAACAGCCUAUAUGUGCUCACCCCUGAUAUUGCCCCAUCAGCCAGCACCAGCCAGAGCAGCAGCGCCCAGCAAGGGUCGUCAAAUCAGAACUUCCUGCUCAUCAUUAGCCACCGCGAAGAACAGAGAGAUUACAGCCUCAACUUCCCUGCCAGCAAAACCAUCCAGGAGGUGAAGAGGAACAUUUCAGACCUGACAAACAUCCCUGUGCGACAUCAACAGUGGGAUGGCUGGCCGGCCUCUGCCACGGAUGACUCUAUGACUUUGGCCAUGAGUGGCAUCAGUUACCCCUGUCAUCACCUCAGUGUGUGUAGAAGAUCUUCCCCGGCACUGGACCAGACAGAUGAGUGCACAGAUGUCCACAUGGUCAGCGACAGUGAGGGGGAUGAUUUCGAAGAUGCACCCGAAUUUGGUGUAGAUGAAUCGGAGAUCUUCGGCAUGGCAAGCUCAAGUAGUCGAAAGUCUCCGAUGAUGCCAGAGAACAGUGAAACUGAGGGUGAUGCUCUAAUGCACUUUACUGCCGAAUUUUCAAGAAGAUACGGCGAAAACCAUCCUGUGUUUUACAUUGGCACCUUGGAAGCAGCAUCUCAAGAGGCCUUUUAUGGCAAAGCCAGAGAUAGAAAACUGCUGGCCAUCUACCUCCACAACGACGAGAGCGUCCUCAGUAACGUCUUCUGCUCCCAGAUGAUGUGUUCGGACUCCAUAGUCUCAUAUCUCAGCCAGAACUUCAUCACAUGGGCCUGGGACGUUACUAAAGAAGCUAAUAAAGCCAGACUACUUACGAUGUGUACAAGGCACUUUGGCAGUGUUGUUGCACAGACCAUUCGGACGUACAAGACUGACCAGUUCCCGUUACUUUUAAUUGUCAUGGGCAAACGGACAUCAAAUGAAGUUUUAAAUGUCAUCCAAGGCAACACAGGAGUAGAUGAGCUGAUGAUGAGACUCAUGGGAGCUAUGGAGAUCUUUACCGCACAGCAGCAAGAAGACAUCAAAGAUGAGGAUGAACGUGAAGCCAGAGAAAUGGUCAAAAGAGAACAGGAUGAAGCCUAUCGUCUGUCCUUGGAGGCCGAUCGUAAAAAGAGGGAAGCACAGGAGCGAGAGGAGGCGGAGCAAGUCCGUCAGGAGCAAAUGAGGAAAGAACAGGAGGAGGAACGAGAGGCGAUCCGUCUCUCAUUGGAGCAGGCCCUGCCGCCAGAGCCCAAGGAAGAGGAGGGGGAGCCAAUCAGCAAACUCCGCAUCAGGACACCUAGCGGCGAGUUUUUGGAAAGGCGAUUCCUGAGCAACUGCAAACUCCAGGUGCUGUUCGAUUUCAUCGCCUCCAAGGGCUACCCAACCGACGAGUUCAAAUUGCUCACUACCUUUCCACGCAGAAUUAUAACACAGUUAGACCCAGCGUCGAGUCUGAUGGAUGCAAAGCUCUUUCCUCAAGAGACCCUGUUCCUGGAGGCCAAAGAGUAAGAACCCCUUUGGAGAGAUCCCCGGAAUGCCGGAAAAGCAGAAUAAGCAAAGAACUUUUAGCAUGAUGUCCACAGCGACCAGACACACACGAGCCCUCACACACACUAUCACACACGGUGCGUUGUAUUUGAAUGCUGAGUGUACAUUUUAUGCACACCGAGGCCUUCACAAGCACAUGGAUAAACACAUUCUCCUCACAUGACUGCAGUGUAAUGUUCUUUCUUCACCCAAGAUAUGUAAAAUAACCGAAAAAAUCAAGCAGAGGUGUGGAAGUCUAACAAAGCCAGCCUCACACACAAGGACUGUGUUCUCGAUAUGGCUGCUUCUUAGACAUGUUUUGUGUUGAAACGAAAAAUAUCGACUAAAAAAAGACAAAAAAAGAAAAGCGAAACAAAGAGACAUUUCCUGGAGAACGCUGGACCAUUUUCAGUCCCCUACCCUCACCGAGGCUCCCGGCGUGGCCCUGGACAGCCUUUCACUCAUCUGAGCCCAGCUUCUCCCUGACACCCAUCAUACUUGGUUUUAAUAUCAACUCCUUAUGUUUAUUUUCCUUCUUUUUCCCUUUUUAAGUUUGAUGCUGUAUUAGAUUUAGGUUGAUAUACAUUAUAUAAAGACUAUAUGAACAUG